AUCGCGAUUAUAUUAGUCAGUCAAAUGUAGUAGUUUAAAAUUAAAUAUAAAUUUUUUAGCAAAUGUUGGGUAUUAUAGAAGUUUUAUAUAUUUUAUUUUUGAUCAAUUUAUUAGUCUACUGUAAUGCCAAGGAUCAUUGCAGUUCCGAAAUCUGUAAUGCCAGUAAAGAACAUACGUUAUGUAAAUUUCAGUCAGAAGACCCGGCGCGGCAUUGCGUUGACUAUGAGCAGACAAUACGCACCGCGAAAGAGAAGCAAGCCAUUUUGGAUAAACUGAACAGCCGACGAAAUAAGGUUGCUGGUGGAGAGAUCCGGUCCCUACCUUCCGCCGACAGUAUGAUGAAAUUGGAAUGGAACAAAGAAUUGGAGCUAACAGCACAGCGUUGGGCGAACCAGUGUGUUAAACACAGCGUUCCGGACAUCAAAGACACUUGCCGUGAUUUAGAUGGCGUAUACGUCGGUCAGAACAUCGCGACUAUUUACGGCGAUUCUCCUGGUUUGGCGCCUCUAUCUUUGGUUGACGUGUGGUAUAUGGAAUUGUUAAACGUAAAUUCUACUAUUCUACCGCAUUAUAAACCAUCUACUGAGAGCGGGUUCUCGCAUUACGAUUACUUUACACAGCUGAUGUGGGCGAAAUCAUUUCAAGUUGGUUGCGGAGGAGUUAAAUUCAGGGAACGAAUGCCAGACACAAGUGGCGCAGUGAAAAGGAUGAUAUAUAGAUUAGUAUGCAACUUCGCUCCUGGCGGCAAUAGGCUUAAUCAUUCAGUAUAUACUGAGGGUGCACCAUGUGAACAGUGCCCUUCUGAUACCACCUGUGAUUCCAUUUAUAAAUCGCUAUGCAGUUCAAAAAAAUUUAAGACUCAUACAGUACUCCCGGAAACUACAGAGCCAUUUACAAAUGCACAAAGUCGAACGAGAAGAAAAAAGCACAGAACAACAUCAGCAAAAUCGAAAACCACAAUGGAAUCAGAAUUCCUUGAAGCUAGUACAAGAGUCUUACAGACAGGGGACGACCAUUAUACGCCUUUCGAUUACUUUUCUCAUAUCCACGAAUACGUAAGCUCGUCAAUUACAAUAACAACAACCAAGAAAGUUUCCUCUUGCAAAGAUAUUAUGGCCGUGGACGAUUUUGUAGAAUUGUUAAAGAAAAAGCUGAGUACAGAUCCGAUGUUUAAGGAAAUUUUGUUUACAACAAAAUAUUCUCCGUUGGGGAACAGCGAUAAUCCUUACGACGCUAGCGUAGCUGCCUUAGUUAGCAAGAUUUACAGUAAAAAGACUUAUCCCACGACUACGAAAAUGCCUGAUAGUGAAUAUGUAAACUCAACUUUGCUAGUUGACCUGGUAGAAGCCGUUAUAUUUCGUAGUGGAGAUAAAAUUCGAUCAACCGAGGUUUAUAAAAGUACAUAUCCUAUACUUGACGUAAGUCCUGUUAAAAUCCAGGCAGAGUUGGCAGAAGUACGGCCCAACUCUGAUUUCACGGGGCACUACUUUUUUCCGGAAGAAGAAGUAAGGGAGGAUGAAUUCAGUUCUGAAAUGACGGAGUCUUAUUAUGACGCUCAAAGUCCACCGAUAUCUGAUGUUGUAUUGGAAAUUGAAGACCUGAAGAGGAGUAAAGCAACCAAAGAUUUUUUGGAUGACAUACUUGAAUCUGAAUCCAUUGCUGAAAGAACUGAAAAUAUCAACAUAAAUAAUAUAAAACGCGAAGCCAGCAAAGGAGCUGCAGGUAACUUGGAUGAUGACAACAGGCAAAAACGGAAAAGCCUUGACGCCGUAAACAGAGUUCGGUCAAUGCCCACGAAUCCUAGAAAUCUUAAAAAAAGCUUGGAAAUGAGUUGUCGAAAUUACAUUGUAAAGUACAGCGACCUACUAGGAAGGUUGGCCUCAGAUUUGAAGAUAUUGAAAUUGAAUGAGAGGUUUCACUGCUCUCGGAAUGCUGUACAGAAACUUUAUUUUAGUAUAUGUCACAUUAUUCCUUAUAUUUUUAUGUUAAUAAAAAUCUGUUGAAG